AUGCCCCUCCUCCGUAUACUGGGCAGAAAACCGACGCAAGUUUCUAAUACUACGAAUGCAGCGGAGGUCGAUGCUUUCAAAGACAAACAGGGUCAUCCGAGUUUUGCCACUGAGAAGAUCGUCAUAGGGGAGGAUACGCCAAGCGUUUACUCAAGGGAAGUAACGACAACAAAGGACCCGUCACUCAACCCGGGUGCUCUUUCUUUUGAAGAAGAUGCCGCUGGGGGAAUGGGCCGCCACUUGGGCGUCUUCAGUUGCACCAUGCUCAUUGUUGGCCGUAUCAUAGGAACUGGAAUAUUCUCAACCCCUUCCUCUAUCCUCUCCUCUGUAGGCUCUGUAGGUGCCUCCCUGAUGCUCUGGGUACUUGGAUUUUUGCUCUCCUUCUGCGGCUUGUUCGUUUGGUUGGAGUAUGGGACCAUGUUCCCUCGCUCAGGUGGUGAGAAGGUGUAUUUGGAGGCGGUUUAUAAGAGACCAAAAUACCUGGCGACGGUUAUAUUUGCAAUGAACGCGAUUGUAUUGGGGUUUACUGCUUCAGGAUGCAUUAUCUUCGCGAAUAACAUUCUAAUUGCUGCAGGCCAUGUCGCCGAUAGAUGGGUAGUACGUGGGAUCGCGUUGGGCGUCAUUUGUUUUGUCACUCUCCUUCACGGAUUAACGCCCAAAACUGGGGUAUUCCUUAUGAAUGCACUCAGCGUCUUCAAGAUUUUCCUCCUCCUUUUUGUCGUGAUUUCAGGUUGGGUCGUGCUCUCCGGGAAAACGCACAUCAAAGAUCCUCAAACUAACUUCCGCAAUGCAUUUUCGGGAAGCUCGCGCAGCAGUAACGAUUACGCAACGGCCACCUUCAAGGUCCUCAACGCGUAUGCGGGCUGGUCAAAUAUUAACUACGUGAUGAACAACGUCAAAAACCCAGUGCGGACACUGAAGAUCGCUGGUCCGCUUGGACUAGGAAUCUGUGCGGUUUUGUAUAUGUUGGCCAACGUAGCUUAUUUUGCCGCCGCAACGAAAGAUGAGAUACGCAAGUCUGGUGUCACUGUUGCUGCUCUGUUCUUCAAGAAUGUCUUUGGUACCAAGGCAGAGAGAGCGCUUUCGGUCUUCGUGGCUCUAAGCGCCUUGGGCAACGUAAUCACUGUUACCUUCGCCGCCUGUCGUAUAAACCAAGAACUGGCAAAAGAAGGCGUUCCCCUUCCCUUUGGAAAUAAAUUCUGGGCGUCAAAUUGGCCAACAGGCAAAUCCCCAUUGCCUGGCCUCAUCAUUCAUCUGAUACCUUCCAUAAUUAUUAUCAUCGCUCCCCCGCCCGCGAUUGUCUACCCAUUCAUCUUGGACGUAGAAGGAUAUCCACAGCAGAUUUUUAAUCUUUUCAUUGUUGUUGGUCUCUUUUGGCUCCGGUGGAAGAAGCCAGAUGCAGUCCGUCCAUUCAAGGGUAAGAGUUGUAUAUGGUGUCAAGACCCCAGCUGGCUGCCUUUAUCUUAUCGCGCUUUUCAGUUUGGAUACCAUUCGCAUUACUCUUCUUGGUUGCAGCCGUUUUCUGUAAGCGUCUCUCCUCCUGACGGCUCAAGUUCGUUUACAAAUGGCAUAUUAGUGCUCGUCGCUCCAUUCCUCCGGCCCGCAAAUCGUGUGGGAGAUACACCCCCGUUGCCAUACUACUUAUACUGCCUUGUCGGAAUCGGGAUCAUGUUUCUUGGAGUUGUGUAUUGGGCUGUGUGGCGAAUUUUUUUGCCCAGGAUAUUUGGCUAUAAAUUGGUCCCGGAGAAAGACACACUUGAUGACGGGACUGUUGUCACCGUGUUCUCUCGAAAGAAAAUAUAG